AUGUAUUCAAACCAGACUGGCGUGGGCGCUCGUUAUGAGCCUCAAGCGACAGACGAUGUCUUGUGGGAGACCAAUUCGGAGAAACUCCCCACGAACCGAAAGAAGACCUUUUAUCGACCGACUGCUUUGAGAUGGUACUUUAUAGUCGGACAGAUCGUGUUUCUCCUGGGCGUCAUGGGUCUUAUUAUCUGGGCGUUGAUAGAAAUGCCCAACUCUGACGGAACUGCAAAGAUCAUCCACAAGCGGUAUCGCAACGACAAUCCCAACUUCCCAAGAGAUGUCUCGAACGACUUGCCCAUGACGCCAGCAAUCAAUGAAAAACUGCUGGCGACGACAGUCAUCGUGAGCGAUAUCUCUACUGUAGUCACAGUCCCUGGCACCACUGGCAAAUACACCGAAAUGAUCACAACAACAGAGUACACUACACGCUGGGGCUAUACAACAACCGUCAAAGACGGGUCAACGUUUACCAGUGUAGAUGUGUCUGUCAUACCAACAAAGGUCAUCACAGAAGUCGUCACCACCAAGCCAGCAGAAGUAACAAAGUCGGUUAUUACAAGCGUUAGCGUUGGAUACUCUUACAUAUACCCUUCGGGAUCCGACUCUGCCGCUCCUGGCACCUUGACAUAUUCAGAAGCAAUCACCAUUACUCAGGCGUAUUCAUUGCCCGGAGUGGUAGCUACAUAUACCUCAACACUGGAAGCGGACCGAACAGAAACGAUUUGGACCACAAUUGUCGAAGAUGGAGAAACAAAGGUCAUAUCCCACAUAAUCACUGAAGAGGCACCUACUGUAUACCAGAGCGUGGGAGAAACGACUGCCUCGGCAAGCACUUAUGUCUCAUACGGUCGAAUUACGAUCACGUCUGUAUAUACCGAUACGAAUCAAAAGCCCAUGCCGAGACCUAAGCCAACAGAGAAGGCUAAGCCCACCGUUAUCGAUGUUGUUACUGUAGACCCUGACCGCACUAUCAAGCAAGUUGAAAAACUGGAUCCUACAACCUACGUGACCAAAGUCGAGGAUAUUGAGACGGUGAACAUGGUUAUUUCCGAUGGGAUUGAGACAUUCGUGAGCGAGUUUGGACCCGUCGAGACUACAAUUGAUGUCGUUGAAACUGGUGUAGAUGGCCUACUUACAACUAACAAAGUCGUAUCUACAAAGGCUGCUUCCUCGGCGGUGAUCACCAGAAUUGCUGCGCCUACCACUAUUGUGUCGACAAGGUCUACCGAGAAGCUCAAGACCAUAACCUCGGACCGUACAGAUUCCUCGACUUGGAUCUCGAUUGUCAAGGGCACUACAAGGACAUUCGAGAAAACUACGACGAUCGCCCCCACCGCCACCGACGACGCAUCUGAAUCCGAUGAAACCGGCGGAGUAGUCAAGACAGUUGUCACAGUGUUCGAACUUGAUGCUGCAAAGUACUUCCUCGGCAAAUUCCUUCCUCCUAUGCUAGCAGUCAUGCUAUCAAUUCCCGCCCGAGUCAUCGAUUACAAUGCUCAGCUGUUUCAACCGUUCUAUGCCAUGAACCAAGACUAUGGCGCCAGAGGACCGGAGUCGAUGAACCUCCAUUUUGGUGGUUUGGGCAGUAUAUUAGAGCCUUUCAACAUCCUGCUUGAGGGCCAUCCUGUGCCCUUCACCACGAUGCUCAUUGCCUGGUUCUCUGCAUUGUUGGCACCAAUCGCAGUCGAAGCUAUCGGUUUCAAGAUGCAUGGCCAGUGCAAGAUCAACGCCUUUGAAGGUUGUGCUCCAGCACUGGGUGUAUCUCCGCUAUCUUCGCGCAUCCUUUUGGCUCUCAUAGGAUUGAUCAUCUUGCUACUGUGCGCACUGUUGUUUUCCUUGCGAGAUUUCCAUACUGGUCUGUACGCAAACCCAUGGAGUGUUGCAGGUAUUGCGUCUCUGGCUGCCAAUAAAGACAUCAGACCCCGCCAGGAUUCUGAGCGUAAGAUCGAAAAGGAAAUGGCCGAGAAACGAUAUGGGUUUGGUUUCUUUGAGAAUCACGCCGGAAACACCGAGUAUGGUGUCGUGCUCUACGAUGAUGCUGGGGAGAAUCUGCAACAUGAUCAGCUGUCGUCAGAGCCGGGUUCUGUUGACACGGAGGUUGUGAGUACCGGUCGAAGAAAUCCAUUUGCUCUUCUAGGUCUCGCCUGGCGAUUAGCAUUCUUGACAUUUCUUCUUGGUUUGAUGGUGUUCCUGCUCUACUACCAUCUGACACUUGACAAAUCAUCGUCGUUCAAGAAUUUCAUGAAUAGUCAGACUUUUGGUGUUCGAUUCUUGUUUGCUACUUUUGGUGUCGUCAUAUCAUUCAGUUGGACAGCGUUCUUUAUCACCAUUACCAUGGUAGUUCCGUACCAAGUCAUGUCACAUGGUCCCCAGACCGCUUCGAACUCGGUGUUGCUCACACGUCCAACAAAUCCCUUUUCGGGUUUUUGGUCUGCCGUCAAACACCGCCAAAUCUUCCCAGGACUUGUGGCAGUAAUGGCUAUCUUUUCGGAGUUCAUGCCUAUCCUUCUGGCCAAUAUUCCAUAUUCGCUGUCGCAGGUGCGAAUUUCUCAUGACAUUUGUGCACGUAUAUCGGUCGGGAUCUUGGCUCUGAUGGCUAUCACAAUCAUCAUCAGCUUCCUCAUCCGCUGGCCAGAUAUGCCGGUCGACCCACGCUCUAUCGCAGGAGCGAUGUACUACGUCAGUGAGAGUAAUAUGGUGGACCACUUCAGUGGCAUGGCAGCAAUGGAUGGCGACGAGCGAAAGCAGCGCAUCAAAGAGUUGGGCGGGACGUAUUUGUAUGGUGAGUUGACGAUGAGAUCAGGCGAGAGGAGGCCUGCCGUGGAGUGGGAUGACCAUACGCUGGGCGUUGGUCCUGUGAUGCAGCAGAGGAAGGACAAUGUUUAUGUGAGGCAUGAGAGUAUUGAUACGGGGUACUACGGACAUCAGCCAUGA